GCAGGCGCAUAUAUGCUCCGAUUUCAGAAUGAGUUGGAGCACAGUUGAAAAGUUAAGGCGCUGACUAUAUAAUCGACUAAUUACAAAAAUAAAUGCAGUACUUUUCAAUGCGUGAGAUAUAAGACGUGUGCGGUGCGAGCGUGAGAAGAGGGUCAAUGCGUGUAUUUCACGACCAAUGCGUGAGAGUUGGCAACUCUGGUUCUACGCUAUACAAGUAAAGUGGUCAGUCCUGUCGGGAGAGUAGAGCUAUUCCUUUCGGUUCACACUUAUUUUUCUAUCAGGCUUAAGUGAUGAGGACCCUAAGGACUAGAAACACAGUCUUGGGAACAGGAUCCACUGAGCCAAACUCUUCAGUGGAACACAGUGGAAAGACAACAUCAGCUGGAAGAAAGUUUAAACCUUUAACAUUGCCCCGGAUCCUAAGACGGAAUUCCAAGAGUAACACCAACAUCACUGCUCCAGAUGUCCCCAACACAUCCAGUGUUAUUACUGCCCCUCUGGAGGAGUUGUUGACUUUUCAGCAGAACCUUGAGAGAAAUUGCCUGUCUGCUGCUGGCCAACAGCUGAUUGAGAGAGAGGAGCGUCUAUAUGGACAGAUCUCAGAAGAGGUGGUUCAGUCGACCACAGAGUGGGAGAAGGAGGAAGAGCAGUUCACCAGAGAUCACAAAGCCCUCCUCAGCCAAAUAGACCUGGUUGUAAAGAGUUCUCUCAGUCCAGAUGAAGACAGUCUUGAGGCUCUGAAGUCUGCAGUGAAAGCUAUCCUACAGGAGGAGGAGCAGGAUAGGCGAUGGCUGAAGCAGGUGGGUAAACAGCCUCCCUGGAGGCCCAGUGAGUGUAGACGUCACCACAACACUGUCCUCCAGAGCCUGGUGGAGGAGCGUAUGGACAAUGCCGAAUUGCCUCCUGAAGAGAGCAACAAGCUACGCUCCUCCCUGCAGAGGGAUGUCUGUGGGAAGGGCAGGCGGCUGCAGGAGGACCUGCUGAGGGUGGUGAAGGAUGUGAAGGGCUGCUACCCAGAGGACAUGGAUAUCUGCAACUUCUAUGGAAAGAUGUAUCACCAAGCCUUCAGCGCAGGGAUGAGGGAUAUUGAAGAGUAUGGGCUGGGCAUGGAUGACUGCUCUUACCUCCUGUAUUGGGUGAAUGUUGCCUACCCAGAAAUUCUACAAAAUCCGGAACUGACCAAGGUGAUUAACCCUGAAAUGUUAGGAAAGCUGUUGACUGAGGAGUUGACAACACCAUUGGAGAAUCAAUGUCUUACUCACAAAGAGACAGAGGUGCAGACAUUGAUCAACAAAGUGCUGAUGGUGGAGGAGCAAGCCUGGAUGGAGGGGUCUGUGCCUGAGCUCAGAGACGACUGUUACUUUAGCCCCUUGGCCAUCGACGUAAUUCAGUUUAUUAAUGCUGCAGUGAAAUCGAUAGAGACAGUUUUGGGAGCCAUGUCCAAAGUCCAGAUAAUUGUGUGCCUAUUGAAGGACUUCUUGAAUAGCUAUAAGAAAUUCCAGGAGAAAGUUCUCAAGGGAAGCAACAAUGGAAACAGCAGAACUGUGAUAAUGGCCAAUCUUGCCUGUGUUGAACAAUUUAGGGACUAUAUUGUAAACAAAGCCGAUAUCUUCCCGGUGGAUGUAAAGGAAUGCUGUCUGUCCAUAGUAGCUGAAAUGAAAAACAUUGGCUACACAUUUUUAACAAGCCCUAUACACAAGGAUCUCAAGUCUCAGUACAGAGAUCUGGGGACGCCUGUCUGGUUGGAGAAGAAGAAACAGGUGUUUGAAAAGCUGUUUGAAGGAAUUAACAAACACACCCAGGAUCUUAAGGGCUUGACUAACUCCUGUCAUCAGGAGCUGCUGAGCCAGCUGCACUUGGAGGUGACAGUGGAGUAUGUGAGGAGGCUACUGAAGAGGAAGAUCAAGCUGAGAGACAAAGAGAUGCAGGAGCAGGCGGCCAGGUCGGUGUGUGAGGAUGGCCAGAGACUACACAAACUGUUCACUGAAGCGGGUUCCAGGGAGGAGUGGCUAAGUGACAUCCUUCCCAAGAUUGCUGAAGUGCUGAAACUCCAAGACAUUUCCUCCAUACAGCUGGAGAUAGUGACUCUGAGUCAAGCUUACCCUGAUCUCAGUGAAUUCCAGGUGUCCGCCCUGCUUAGCCUCAAAUCCAACCUUUCUGCCUCUGCCGUGAGGAGGGUAAAGAAGACCCUCCUGGACAACCAGGACACCACCAGCUCCCAGGAUGUCCCAUCUUUUUUCUCCAAGUAUCCAUUCUUCCAUUCCUGUGGCGGUCUUCAUGAGAGCCAGUUUCAUCAUAGCGCUUGAUUGUUUUUGCGACUGCACUUGAAGAAACUUCCAAUGUUCUUGACAUUUUCCGUAUUGACUGACCUUCAUGUCUUAAAGUAAUGAUGGACUGUCGUUUCUCUUUGCUUAUUUGAGCUGUUCUUGCCAUAAUAUGGACUUGAUAUUUUACCAAAUAGGGCUAUCUUCUGUAUACCACCCUUACCCUGUCACAACACAACUGAUUGUCUCAAAUGCAUUAAGGAAAGAAAUUCCACAAAUUAACUUUUAAGAAGGCACACCUGUUAAUUGAAAUGCA